CCAGCUCCGCUCCCCAAACAUCCCGACCUUCCACAACUCACACAACAAUGACCGACUCCACAACAAGGCAGCAACUGCUGCGAUUCGAAGGCCACCGCCACCUUACUACGCGCCUGAUCCUCUCCACGCUCACCGGGCGCCCAAUCCGCAUAUCGCAAAUCCGAUCUUCAUCCACCACAACGCCCGGUCUCCAACCGCACGAGGUCUCCUUCCUCCGCCUCCUCGACUCCGUAACCAAUGGCUCUCAGAUCGAGUUCUCGAUGACCGGAACCACACUCGUGUACCGACCGGGCCUCAUCACGGGGUCCGCAGAAGGCCUGGGCGCAGCAGGCGGCGUGAUCCGGCACGAGAUCCACAAGGAGUGCGCCGGCCGCGGCGUGAGUUGGUGGUUGAUCCCGCUGUGCCUGCUCGCGCCGUUCAGCAAGUCGAAAAUGAAUGUCAUCUUCCACGGCGAGGGGUGCGUGACGGGCGCGACGCCCAGCGGCGACGUCAGCGUGGAUACAGUGCGCACGGCCCUGCUCCCGCUGUACAAGAACUUCGGCAUCGAGAGGGACAUCGAGUUGAGGAUUUUGAAGAGGAGUUGUGCGCCUGGGUCUGGGAAGAGCGCGGGAGGAGAGGUGCAGCUGGUGUUUAAUCACCAGGUUAGGUUGCCUAAGACGCUGCAUCUGCUUAAUCCUGGAAGGGUGAAGAGGAUUAGGGGUGUGGCGUAUGCGGUGGGUGUCAGCGGAGGAAAUAAUGCUAGGAUGAUUGAGGCGGCGAGAGGGGUGUUGAAUAAGUUUGUGCCGGAUACGUAUGUCUUUUCGGAUGUGUCGAGCGCGCCGUUGAUGCCGUCGUAUGAGAAGGGCGCUCCUGCUGGAGCUAAGAAGAAGGGUGCCGUGGGUUUUGGGUUGUCUCUUGUAGCAGAGAGCUCGACGAAUUGCUUCUACUCCGCCGACAUGGCUAGUCCACCCAGUGGUGGUGUGCCUCCCGAAGAGAUUGGAAAACAGGCAGCUCUCCAAUUGUUGGAGGUCAUUGAGAAGGGAGGUUGCGCGGAACCGAUCAGCGCGGAGACCAUGCUUGUAUUAAUGGCCAUGGGAAGCGAAGAUGUCGGUAGAUUGGGCAUGGGACGGGAUGUGAUCGCAAAUGAAGAGGUCAUCCAGCUCGGAAGGGACCUCAGGGAGUUCGGUGGAGCCGGUUGGGGACUGGUAGACAUUGAAGAGAAAGGAAUCGUCAAAGUCAGUGUAGUGGGCAGAGGUGUGGGCAACGUCGGACGAAAGAUGGCAUAGUUUGGAUAAGAGUAGCAACGGAAGGCAUCAACGGUGUUUUAAGACGGAAAGGAAAAGUAUUUACACAGAUUUGAUACCCAAUCUUAGAGCAAGAAUUCGAUCAUAUGGAACGGCUCGAAGAGUGG